GAUUAUCGGAAGGGCAUUCAUUCUUCUUGAAGAAGGAAAUCGCAUCUCCUUGCCUUUUUUAGAAUUUCUACUCCGUUUUUGGGUUUUCCUUUGUGUGUCGAAAGGUAUUCGAAAGACAAGAUGAGUUCAACAGAAGACAUGAUAAGUGCUAUGCACGACGGUCUAGCUGAGGUGAAGACAGAAACAGGACCUAAGAUACCUGUUCCUGAGACUUACCUAAAGGCUACGAAGCACCACUUGAAAGAUGUUCAAGAAUAUUUGGAUUGGUACAAAAAGUCCCUCGAGUCUCCCAACGACUUUUGGUCUGAGAAAGCAAAGGAAAUGCUUUCCUGGCAUCAACUAUGGACAGGAAAGACGCUUGAAUACAACUUUGAUGUCCGCAAAGGCAAAGUAUAUUCCGAGUGGUUCAAAGGAGGGAAACUGAACGCUUGUUACAACGCUUUGGAUCGGCAUGUAGAGAAUGGGCAUGGUUCUCAAGUUGCAUAUUAUUGUGAAGGAAAUGAUUUGGUUGAUGACCAUCGUACCGUCACUUAUGCACAAAUGUUGGACCAAGUGAAGAGACUUGCUAGCGCACUCAAGAAACGAGGUGUACGUAAGGGUGACGUUGUUGCUAUUUAUUUACCCAAUAUUCCAGAACUUCCCAUUUCCAUGUUGGCUUGUGCGAGGAUUGGUGCCAUUCACAAUGUAGUGUUUGGUGGCUUUUCCGCGGAAGCUCUCGCUGGUCGUAUUUUAGAUGCUCAGUGCCGAGUUCUCAUAACUUGUGAUGGUGUAAUGAGAGGAAAUAAAGUGAUUGAACUCAAGGCAUUGGCUGACGCUGCAGAAGAGUUAGUUUAUGAAAGAGGAGAUGGUCAUUUAGUGGAUCGACAAAUAGUUUUUAAAAGAUUAGGUGACAAGUGUCCAGUAGGUAUGAAACCGAAAAGAGACGAGUGGUGGCAUGAAACAUUAGCCAAGGCAGAACCUGAAUGCCCAGUAGAAUGGAUGGACGCAGAGGAUCCACUUUUUGUUUUAUAUACUUCAGGUUCUACAGGAAAGCCAAAGGGACUUGUGCAUACGACAGCUGGAUAUAUUCUUUAUGCUGCGAUUACUCACAAAUAUGCAUUUAAUUAUCAAGAGAAUGAUGUGUUCUUCUGCACUGCAGAUUGUGGUUGGAUCACAGGUCAUAGUUAUGUUGUUUAUGGACCGCUUUUGAAUCGAGCUACAUCUGUUAUUUUUGAAGGCGUUCCUACUCACCCAGAUUCUAGUCGUCUUUGGCAAAUAUGUGACAAGUACAAGGUCAACCAAAUGUAUACAGCACCUACGUUGAUUCGUUCUUUGAUGAGAGCAGGAGACAAGUACGUAACCAAGAUACCUCGAAAUAGUCUUCGAGUACUUGGAACAGUUGGAGAGCCUAUUAAUCCAGAAGCAUGGAAUUGGUUUUUCAAUGUUGGAGGUGAUAAGUGUUGUCCUGUUGUUGAUACUUGGUGGCAAACAGAAACUGGCGGUCACAUGAUUAUACCACCUCCUGUAAGAGGUUUUCAAAUGAAGCCAGGAGCAGCUUCAUUGCCCUUUUUUGGAAUUGAACCUGUGGUUUUAAAUGAGAAAGGAGAGGAGUUGUCUAAACCAUGCGAAGGUUUCCUUUGCAUAAAAAGAUCAUGGCCAGGAAUUCAUCGUACCGUUUUGAAUGACCAUGCAAGAAUGGAGCAAGUAUAUUUUUCUACUUUCAAAGGUUAUUAUAUGAGUGGAGAUGGUUGCCGAGUAGAUGAAGAUGGAUAUUAUUGGCUUACUGGUCGUGUGGAUGAUGUGAUUAAUGUUAGUGGACAUCGUAUAGGAACUGCGGAAGUCGAAUCUUCCCUCGUCUCACAUCCUUAUGUUGCUGAAGCAGCUGUGGUUCCGAUGCCGCAUGAUAUUAAAGGACAAGGAAUCUAUGCAUAUGUAACAUUGAGAGAUGGAUUUGAACCUAGUGAAGAACUACGCAAGGAACUUCGACAAACUGUUCGCGUGGAAAUUGGAGCCAUUGCUACUCCAGAUGUAAUCCAUUGGGCUCCUGCUCUUCCGAAAACAAGAAGUGGCAAAAUUAUGAGAAGAAUUUUACGUAAAAUUGCAGAGAAAGGAACUCAUGUUUCUUCAGAGGAACUUGGAGAUAUCACUACAUUGGCAGAGCCACAAGUGGUAGCUCAACUUAUUGAAUUGUAUGGGAAAUGAUAAUUUGUUUUGUGUUAUUGUGUUUGAACAAUGCUGUGUGUUAUUCUAAUAGAGAAUGGAAUGGAUAAAAGUUUCU